AAAAUCAAGAACAAGAUCAAAAUGGGUCGAAUAAAACAAAAUCAGGAUACAGCACUGGCGGAUCAUCCUCCACAAACGAAACACGACAAUCCAACGUUCCAUGCACACCCAACUCCGGUUCAACCAACAACCGGUUACCAAUAUCCUCCGGUUAACCCACAUUACACCGAUGGUAUACCGGUUAACCAACCAACCGCACCACCGAUCGGCAACGUUCAGCAGAAUUGGAGUUCUCAUCUCUUCGAUUGCAUGGACAACCCUGAAAAUGCUCUCAUCACAUGCUGCUUCCCCUUCGUCACAUUUGGACAGAUCGCAGAGGUCACCGAUCAAGGGACGACUGGUUGCGGAACGGCUGGAAUGUUGUACGGACUGAUAUGCUGUCUAUUCGGGAUACCGUGCGUGUACUCGUGCACGUUCAGGGCCAAGAUCCGAAGCAAAUACGGGUUACCGGAUGCUCCGGCUCCCGACUGGAUCACCCAUUGUUUCUGUGAGUAUUGUGCCCUCUGCCAAGAGUACAGAGAACUCAAGCACCGAGGCCUCGACCCUUCUAUCGGAUGGAUUGGAAACGUGCAAAGACAACAGAUGGCUCGACAGCAGGAGAUGAUGGCUCCUCCAAUGGGUCAACGAAUGAUGGGCUGACUGAUUCGUACAAUAAUAAAUUGUUUUUGUUAAAGAAAAAUGUACCCACAAAAGCCUCCAAACCUUUUUUGUCUGUUUCCUUUAUUUUUUAUGCUUGAUGUGAAAAAAAUAAUAAUUUACUGUUAUAAAGUU